AUACCAAAUGUAUAGCACCUAUUUGCUGCAUCGCGAUUACUAUGGCUGUUGAAUGAUUGAAGUUGGGCUGUGCUAGCCACUUUCUUUGCCGUGUUGCCGUGAAACGUUUGCGAACAUGACACCGCAAGCUGCUAUGCUAGGCGCGGCGCUGCUUCUAUGCAGUAUGAGCUACGGCCUCGCUGUGACUCCGCACGGUAGCGCACAUUAUUAUCACGCACAUCGUGUAUGUGACAAGCGCACGGGUGGGAAAUACUGCAGCUCUGGAAAACUAAAGGGCUACAUUGGCUCCAUAGACACGGCGGCUCAGAUCAAGGAGGCGCUGGCGGCGACGGCCCACGAAAACGAACUCAUCGUGUUCUCUGAAAGCCGGCUGGGGGAGGCGGCGCAGACCAUGGCGCGCUUCCGAAACGCGGGGUACAGCCACAUCCUUGCUGUGACGCUGGCGCCAGACCUGUGUCACCGGCUGAAUCACGUGCUGAUGCCGUGGGUCAAGGCGCACGGGCCCGUCAGCUGCGGGACGUACCGGAGCCAGGAUGACAAGGGCAACCGCUACCCGCUGGGGUUCGAGUACCUCAUUCGCGGCAUUGGCUACACGGGCUGGUGGCUCAAAUGGUUUACGACAGCUCGGGCCGUGAUGCUGGGAUACAACGUGAUGGCCGUGGACAGCGACAGUCUGGUGGUGGACGACUUCUACUGGCGGGUCAAGUUGCCCUGGAGCCCGCACCUGGCCAAGUACAACAUGUUUACACAGUCUGAGGCCUCCACGGUAAUCAACAGCGGCUUCACCUAUGUGCAGAACGCCGCCUCCAACGGGCCCGUGGCGUGGAUGCUGUACGACAUGACUCACAAAAUCGUGCGGUGGAGUGAGGACCCCACGGAGCUGUUCAAACUAGCGCCACAGGCAGAGAAGGUCAACGCCAUCUGGGGCGACGACCAGGAGUCCAUGAGCGACACGCUGUUCAGCUGCAUGUGCGCCAAGCCGCGCUUCUUCAUCCUGGCUUACAACGUGCGUGACGAUCCAGAGGCAUGGAAGAAGCUGGGCGCAACUGGCUUCGGGGACUAUGUGGGCCGCAUCAGCUGCGCGGAUCGCUGGAAGACGGAGGGAGCACACGGCGAGCGCAUGGGCGUGUGCAUGCGUGUCACCGAAUGUGUGCCAUGCCUCCGCACACACUCACGCAUCUAAAUGCAUCAAUGCAAACACAUUCUCUCCUCUUUUUCUC